AUGUCUGAAGCAUCUAUCCCCAUCUUAGCAACUGGCCGCACCGAAGCGGUCGGGAGCAUGGUUGUUGCCCUCAUGCAGCCGGAGUACGAGGUCAUUCACAUGACACUCGCUUCUUCGAUCAAGGAUGAGCUCCCCUUCCUCCUCAAGGGACAAGCACCACCAAACCCAUCCACCACGCUCGGGACCGGGAACUGGUCCUCGCCGCCGCAAGCUCUUCUGAUAGGGGGCGCCUACCAGGAUAAGGAUAUCGAAGAGAUUGUGAGGCUGGUGGAGGGUAUCAAUGGGGCACUGGAGAUCCCAUGGCUGCGGCUUGAUGUCACGAAGACGGAGGGGCCGGGCCCUCCACCAAACCCAACCCCUGAGCAGGCAGCGGUGUACGGCAAGAUCGUAGUGCAGAGGAUGAAGGACGGCUUGAGCAAUCUCAAGAAGGAGGGCAAACUUGGGCCAGGCAAUGGUGGUAUCCAUCUUGUUUGA